AUGCUCGUUGAUCUGGCAAAGUGUAUCUUGUUUUUCCUCAUCGGAUGCAACUACGCUUCCCUGACCUUCAAGAAUUCCAGAGAAUACGAUGAGUUCCUGGGUAUCUUGGCUGACCAAAAGUAAGCAAUUGCGAAAAUUCUAAAUGCAUUGACACUUUUUUUAUUGGAAACAGUUCCAGAAAAGAUCGAAUGGUCUAUACGGGACCGGUGCCGGACAUCGACAAGCAUCGAUACCAGAUGAACCGUCAUAAGGAGCACUUCACCAAGUGCGCCAGCUUCAACAGCAGCUCCGGAAUGCGGCCUCAGAACGACAGAUGCACGGUCCGUUCUUACAACGACCGACAAGGCUGUUACCUCGCCAUGGACUUUACUGCGGGAGAAAUGCUCCAGGGAUGCCACGAGUUCGGAAUGUUUGACAAUACCUGUAACGACUCAUGUGUCCUGGAUGUGAAGAGACACCGCGCGGAAGGAUCGGACAGUGUAAGUGUCGUGAUCGGAUUCUGUUGCUGUCUCACCCAAGAUUGCAACAACCAAAGCAAGGUAAAUAGUGAUCAGACAAACUCCUGUGAAACACAAUAUUCAUUUCAGGAACUGCUGGACAAAGCCUACGCUGAUUUCCUGAUCAAGGAGGAGAUGCGCCGCCAGCGCAAGCAUCAGCACCACGAGCGCAAGAACCAGAAAACUAUGCCGCUGUCAAUGGGCUUCUACGACCGCUACAUCAACUACUAA